AUGACCAUGCAACUAUACGACCUCGAGGAGAUGGCUGUUCCACGACCGAAGCAACAGGAAAAGAAAAGAAAGAGAGCCCAAAAUGAUCCUCCAGCAACACCCCAGAAAAGUCAAGCAGGCCGCAUCCUAAAAAGAGCAGACGAGGAAGCUAUAGCCACUCUAAAUCGCAUCACCGACAUAACACUGCCCUCAUCAUUCCGGGAAGAUGGCUGGCGCGAAGAGCGAAGUGGCAAGACCUACUCCCGAUGCGGCGGAUUAUUCAUCAAGAAAUAUCCCAAACCUCCACGCGGAAAAUUUAAAAAAAGCGAGUUCCAGAAUGAAUUCGACUGCCUCAAAUUUCUGCGAACGGAGAAACCCGGUAUUCCGGUCCCGAGACCGAUCUGGGCGGGCGAGAUGAAUGGCUACUGGUAUUUGAUUACGGAGUAUAUUGAAGGUGCACCGUUUGGGGAGAUAACUUAUCGACUUAGCCCGGAUCAAAUUGAUCGUGUCAUCCGUCGCAUUGACUACAUUCAGGAAUCCGUGCACAAUAUUCAAGCCGAUGCUGUUGGCGGUCCAUCUGGAAUUAUAACUACCCCGAUCCCAGAUCCCUCGACAGACCACGAUAAUAUGAAACUGGUUUUCUGCCACAGAGAUCUGCACCAGAAUUAA